GAUGUUUUUAAGCUGGCUUUAGGUUCACAUGCUACUAAAUAUGAGUUCCAUUAUAACAUUAAAAAAAGUGAUAAAACUCGGCACAUGGUGUACUGCAGUGGCAAGAAUGUGGGCUGUAGGUGGAGACUUCAUGCCUUUGUUUUGAGCGAUGGGGUCACAGUAAAGAUAAUCUUUAUAUUGUCCUUAAUUUGUAUAGAUCAUUAUUUUUUCUUUUUAAUUAACCAUGAUAUUGUUUUUGUUGGCAGGUGAGGAGGAACCCAUACCCUCAUGAGGAGUGUCACAGCACUAGGAGGGCAGGUGCAUGUGUAGGGGUGACAAAGUUUUGGGUGCACGACCAAGUGAUUGAUUGGCUAAAGAAAGAUGGAAAAUUGGGAGCCACAGAGCUGAAAAAGAAGCUGAAGGAAAGUCACAAAGUUGAUGUGACCUACAGGAAAGUUUAUCUAGGUAAACAACUUGCUAUGGAUACAAUUUAUGGCCUAUGGGGCAAAAGUUUUGACAACCUUUACAGAUUUAAGGCUCAGAUAGAGGAAAGCAGUCCUGGAUCUUUUGUUGUGAUUGAUCACCACACUAUCAACAACAAAACAAGGUUUAAUAGGUUCUUUUUUGCUAUGAAACCCUGUGUUGAUGGCUUCCUUAGAGGUUGUAGGCCAUAUCUUGCUGUAGAUAAUACAUUUUUGAAUGGAAAGUUCAAAGGCCAGUUGUGUGUAGCUUGUGCAGUUGAUGGGCAUAACUGGAUGUACCCUGUAGCUGUUAGUGUGAUUGACUCAGAAACAAAUGAAAAUUUGGUGUGGUUCAUGGAGAGGUUGAAGGAAGCUAUAGGCACCCCAGUUGGCCUAACAUUCAGCACUGAUUGUGGGCAGGCAGUGAUGAAUGGGGUUAGUGAGGUUUUUUCAGAAGCUAAACAUAGAGAGUGUAUGUACCAUCUAGUCCAAAAUUUCAAGAAGAGGUACAGUGGUGAGGUUUUUGAUAAGCAUUUGUGUCAGUCUGUAUAUUCUUGGAACCCAUACAUGUUUGAGAAACAUUAUCAAGCAAUGGCUGAAUACAAACCAGAGGCUAUGAAAUAUCUUCAGGAAACUCACAAGAAAUUGUGGACCAGGAGUCAGUUCUCCACCUUGUCAAAGGUGGAUUAUAUUACCAAUAACUUGGCUGAGGCAUUCAAUAAAUGGAUAAAGGAUCACAAGGGCAAGCACCUGGAUGAUCAGAUGGAUACCAUUAGACAAAACAUCUUGAUUAAAUGGAAUAAUAGGAAAAGGUGUGCCCAAAAGUUUGAAGGGAAGACUUUGCCUCAUAUAGUCCAGAAGUUGAGGGACGACAGCUAUAACCUUGACAUUGAAGUGAUCACAAGCUCACUGAUGGCAUUGCUGAAAUUUGUGCUAAGGACUGUUCUGCCACUGCAUACAUGUUUGUAGUCAAUUUAAUUGAGAGG